AUGCAUAAUCCUCCAUUGUUGCAGACUGUCGCGGAGCAGCGUCCGGCGGCGCCCCCUGAGAUGCAGGCGCGGCACAGCCUCUGGUGGCAUCUCUCCAUUGACUUGCCUAUUCUACUUCUAGUUGCGGCUCUAUGCAUACUUCUGGAGGUGGGAGCGCUGCCGAGCAGACGAAAUGGGUUCAAAUGCAACGAUCCGGAUCUCUCCUACCCGCACACAGGGGACUCCAUUUCCAUUACCCUCGUCGCUGUAAUCACUGUUAUGAUUCCUUUUAUUGUUAUGUGGGGUGUUGAAACGAUCCUCCAACAAGAUGACGAAUACACAAUGAAGAAGAGUAAGCUUAUCGAAAGUGCAAAAACCGUGUCCCUUGUCUACCGGGACUACAUCUACGGCGCUGUGGUCAACUUGACCGUAUUAGAAGUAAUUAAAUGUGUGGUUGGAUCUCCGAGACCCACGUUCUUUGACCUAUGUGAACCAGACAAAGCAAUGACAUGUAACAAUUCGGAGUAUGUAAGCAGCUACACUUGUACCUCUACAAAAUACUCGCGAUACCUGCGGAUUGAUUCAAGCAGGAGUUUUCCCUCUGCUCAUGCUUCGCUCUCGAUCUACUGUGGCCUCUUUUUGGCAUGGUACCUUCAACGACGAGCGUUCAGUUGGCACAACCGCUCGGUCCUGUUGGUGCCGCUACUCCAAAUUCUCUGCAUCAUAUACGCGGCAGUCUGCCCCUUGUCAAGGCUCACGGACCACCGCCACCACUGGUGGGAUGUGCUCGCCGGUGGUGUCAUGGGCUUCAUCAGUGCUCUGUAUACGGUGCUAGUUCUAUGCAAGAACUUCUCGCAGCCGUCAGUGGUGAGCACCAGCGAUAUUUCGAGCAGCGACGGAAACAACCACCAGUCGGUGCGACGUCUGCUCUCCAGUGAGCCCCGGGUCGUGGUGCCCUAG